GCAAUUGCUUACCUUGGAGCUGAAGAGAUAACAUGGAUCACAAGUGCGAAGACAGAGAAGUAUUUGAUUGGGUAUAAAAGCUUUCAGGAAAGCUAGGCAUAUACACACCUCACUCAAUUCAUCUCCAGUGCAAAACAGUUCCUCUCUCCUGAUACCAUGAGCUACUACAGCGGCUACUACGGAGGCCUGGGCUAUGGCUAUGGAGGCUAUGGCUGUGGAUGUAACAGCAUCCGCAGGCUGGGCUGUGGCUGUGGUUAUGGAGGCUACGGAUACGGCUCUGGCUAUGGAAGCUACGGAUAUGGCUCUGGCUAUGGAGGCUACGGAUACGGCUCUGGCUAUGGAGGCUACGGGUAUGGCUGCUGCCGCCCUUCAUGCUAUGGAGGAUAUGGGUUCUCCAGCUUCUACUGAGUGAACUGCUGGUCUUCAGACUGUCUUCCUUAUCUUGCCUGUCUUUUGAGAGGAAAAUGUUCCCUUUGUUACAAAGAAGACAACUAUGGAAUAUUGACUUCUAGCUCUGAAAGGAACUUGUCUUCGAUUACUCCGGAAAAAUCUAGACUCUUCCCGCAUUGAAUUUAUGGAUUCAUAUAUCAUAUUCAGCCACUAACAUUUGUUGUGUUUCUAAAAGUUCUAAAAUUUAAGUUCAUCCUAAAUAAACAUGUUUUGCUGACCCAACAAACAAGAA